AUGGACAUCGUGACCUCCAUCAUUGGAAAAAUCGGUGAAUGUGCGUUGGAAUCGAUUAAGUUCCAAUUUGCUUAUCUGAGAACGUAUGAUGACAACAUUGUGGCUCUUGAGCACCAACUUGAAAUCUUGGAGGAAAUGGAGAAGGAUGUGCAUGAAGCCAUUGAAGCAGCAAAAAGAAAUGGUGAAGUAAUUCGAAAGCUUGUUCAACAUUGGAUAACAAGUGUUGAGGGAAUCAAGAUGGAGGCCAAAAAGUUUUUGGAAGACAAUGUGAAAGUAAACAAGAGAUGUUUUAGAGGGUGGUUUCCCGAUUUGAAAACACGUUACUCGUUAAGCAAAGAAGCAGUGAGCAAAAAUCAGACGAUAAAAAGGCUAUGUGAAGAAGAGGCAUUAUUUAAUAUUAAUGUUUCUCUACCUGCACCUCCUCCAGGGAUAGAUUCCAUGGCGUCCGAAGAUAUUGUACUCUUUGAAACAACUAAAUUAGCUAUGGAAGAGGUCAUGGCUGCAUUGAGAGAUGAUUCUACUAAUUUUGUGGGGAUACAUGGAAUGGGUGGAGUGGGAAAGACGACUUUAGUGAAAGAAAUUGCUAGAAAAUGCAAAGAAGAUAAGCUUUUCGAUCAUGUGGCAAUGGUUGUAGUGUCACAAACUAUUAAUGUCGAAAGUAUUCAAGAUCAGAUAGGAGAGUUCUUGGGUUUAAAACUAGGAGAAAAAGGUGAGAUGCUAAGAGCGAAUCGGUUAUGUGAUCGACUAAAAAGUGAGAAUAAGAUCCUUGUUAUAUUGGAUGAUGUUUGGGCCAAACUUGAUCUUGCAACUAUCGGCAUUCCUUUAGGAGAAGAUCAUAAGGGUUGUAAAGUUGUCAUCACCACACGCCGUAGACAAGUCUGCACUGCCAUGGGCAUAAGUGUCCAAGGUACAAGAAUUGUCAGUCUUGAUGUCCUAACUAAACAAGAAUCUUGGGACUUAUUUAAGUUGCAAGCUGGUGAUAUUAUUAAUUCUCCCACAAUGAUAACUAUGGCAGAGAAACUUGUCAAGGAGUGUGGAGGCUUGCCUAUCGCUCUUGUGACAGUGGGAAAUGCUAUGAGAGACAAAGAUUUAGAAGAAUGGAAAGAGGCUGCUCUAGAGCUCGAGAAUUCGAGGCCCACAAAUGUUGAAGACAUGGAAAAAAAUGUGUUCAAGUGCAUCAAAUUCAGUUAUGAUUAUUUGGUAGAUGAGGAGGCCAAGUCUUGCUUCUUGCUUUGUAGUCUAUUCCCAGAGGAUUAUAACAUUGAAAUAGAGAGGUUGGUUAGAUAUGGGGUGGGAUUGAAUAUAUUUAAGAGAAUCCACAAAAUUCAAGAUGCCAGAAGACGAGCACAUUCAAUAAUCAACAAUCUUAGAGCCUCUUCUUUAUUGGUGGCAAGUCAAGCUGAAGGAUGCAUCAAAAUGCACGAUGUUGUUCGCGAUGUUGCUAAAACAAUUGCAUUGGAUAAAUAUCUUGUGAAAGAUGGCGAGGUUUUGAAAGAGUGGCCAAAUGAAAUGAGUAUGGAUGAAUAUAAUGGUAUUGGAAUCUCUUUGACGAGAAAUGAAAUCCUAAAGUACCCUGAUGCUUGGGAAUGCCCAAACCUCGAGAUAUUUUUAAUGCAUGACUGCCAUCUUGAGCAAGAAAUGCCAGAAGAAGUAUUUAAGGGAAUGAAAAAACUCAGAGUUUUAGAUCAAAAUCAUAACUAUUACUCUAGAGAGAGAAGCUUGGAGCCAUCACUUAGUCAUCUCACAAAUCUCCGGACAUUAAUUAUUGGGCAUAGUAUUGGUCCAACGUAUUUUCGUUCAAGAAUUUCGAUUCCAAGAAUUUUGAUUCGGGGCAUUAGCGUAGUUGGAGAGCUGAAAAUGCUCGAAGUUGUCAGCUUUAGACUAUGCACAUUUGAAGAGCCGCUGGAUGCACUGAGGAAGCUGAAGAACCUGAGGUUGCUAGAUUUGUAUUCUUGUACUAAUUGUUCAUCUCUUUUCAACUACACAAGAACAGUAGCUGAAGAUUGGAAUUUUUCGCAAUUACAAGAACUCUGUGUGACUGAGACAAUGUCUUGUAGUGUAGCCGAGCUGAUCAAAUGUCAUCCUCGCUUAAACGUGUUAAAGAUUUGUAUAGAUGACAUUAGUUGGACACAUGAGAACUUUGUCUUCCCCCACUUGGAUAAUUUUGUCAUUCAAGUGGGCUCAAACGGAUAUGAUUUUGUAGGUGACUAUUUUAACAACAUUUUGCACCUCGAUGGCAAAUAUGGAAGGCUGCACAUAAACAUGAUUGAGACAUUAUUGUCAGGUGUAAGUAUUUUAAGUAUAUCUCGCCUCAGUGGAUUCAGAAACAUCCUCCCCCACUUACUGGUUGGCAGAGACAGUCUUGGUGUCUUGAAAAAAUUGCGAGUUACAGAAUGCGGCUUGGAGUUCUUGAUCAAUAUUGAGGAGGAAAGUAAGAUUCCACAACCAACUUGGUUUUUAAAUUUGGAGGAACUGCAACUUCAGCGUUCAUCGAACUUUAGGGGGUUGUGUGGCAUGGUUCUUAUUGACUUGCCCUACUCCUUUAUAAGGCUGAAAAAAUUGUACAUAGGAGAGUGUCACAAAAUGUUAAAUAUCGGCAUUCCAUUUAAUUUGUUACGAAGAAUGCGACAGCUUGAAGUUCUGCAAAUAUCAUAUUGUGAAGCAGUAGAGUACUUAUUUGAUCUCAAAGAAGAAGUAGAGAAUGCUGUUGAGGAGGAGGAAGGAAUACUUGUCAAUUUAAGGGAAAUGAGUCUAGUACGCUUGUAUAAUUUAGCGCAGUUGUGGAAGGGCCGUAUUGGAGUGGUGCACUUGCGCAACUUGAAAAUAGUGAAAAUUGAUAAGUGCCCCAGAUUGAAACUUCUUUUUCAUUGGUCUGUAGCCCAAAAACUUGAGCAACUUGAAGAGCUAAGUGUCGAUUAUGGCCAGGAAUUAGAAGAGAUUGUUGGAUGGGAGACAGGAGAAGAGGAUACUGGAUUAGUGCUCUUUCGCUGCUUGAAAAGGGUGAAAACUAAGUACUGCCCCAAAUUGAAAGUUCUUUUCCGUUGGUCUGUAGCUCAAAGACUUGAGCAAUUGGAAGAGCUAAGAGUUUUUGAUUGCCAGAAAUUAGAAGAGAUUGUUGGAUGCGAAACAGGAGAAGAGGCUACUGGAUUAAUACCCUUUCGCAGCUUGAAAAUAGUGGAAAUUCACGGGUGCUCCAAAUUGAAAAUUCUUUUCCAUUGGUCUAUGGCUCAAAGAUUUGAGCAACUUAAAGAGCUAAAAGUUAGUAAUUGCAACAAAUUGGAAGAGAUAGUUGGAAGGGAGACGGGCGAAGACGCUGUUCAUAAGGUGUUGUUUCCUGAAUUACAAUAUUUGUACAUGCGGAACCUUCCAAAACUAGUUGGUUUCUACACUGGUGACUUGCCAGGGAGCCAAAGCACCCCCAAGUUGGAGACCGUUCAUACGACUGGCCGUUUACCUAUGGUUAAGAUCGCACCUGAGGGCAAGAACUUAGAUACAAUUAUAAAAGACCACAAAGGUAUGCUUAAAUGUGUAUUACUUGAUUUCUCUUCCUCCUAUUUAUGCUCAUUUAUCUAUCGAACCUAUUCAUCGUCCAGAUGA